AGAGAGAGGGAGAGAGGGUGUGUUUUUGAAUCACUGCAGCAUCAGAACAGCGAGAGGAGAGGGCACAAUCAAUUUGAUAGAGAAGAAGAAAAGGAAGAACUAGGAAGAAAAAAGGGAGGACAAGGAGUUGCCAGAGGAAAAGAAGGAUCAACAUCUCUGAGUCCAUCAUUUAAACCUGUGGAGACGGAAGACAGCAGGAGGGCGUGGACCUGAGCGAAAGAGAGAGAGAGAAAAGAGAGAGAGGCUGAAAGCAAAAGGAAACAAGGUAGAAGAAAAGGAAGAGUGGGCGUGACAACAGAGAGAGAGAGAGAGAGAGAGAGAGAGAGAGAGAGAGAGAGAGAGAGAGAGAGGCUGAUACACACGCUCGCUCGGCAGGAGUGUGUCCAGAUUGCCCUCUGUGUGCGUUUUGUGUGUGUUGAGCAGGUGGGACUUUGAUGGGACAGUGAGCAAUGCCUCGCACGCAGCGACAGCAGGUUGGCAGUAGGGGGCGACGCACUCCUCUGCCCCUCCUCCUUCUCCCUCUCUUCUCCCUCCUCCUAUCCCACACUCCUCAGCUCAGCCAAGCAGCUAUACACAUACCUCCCAACUACCAAAUAAAUGAAUUCAAAAAGCCCCCGGUGAUCACCACCCAGCCUGAGUCCAUCACCGUGUUCGGUGCUGAAGACAUCCUCCUGACCUGCGAAGCAUCAGGAAACCCUCCUCCAGAGUUAGUUACUAUACAAUGGCACUGCUUUCGACAGACACACUCGCAUCAUCUCUGCAGUCUUUAUCUCUGUAGUCUCAUGAUUUAUAUACAUCGCUCUGUCUCCCUUUCAGACACCCCGGCCCUCCAGAAAGAGAAGAAGGUGAAAAAGAAGGUGGAAGAAGGAGAGAGUGUGAUACUGAAAUGUAACCCUCCCUUCAGCACUGUUCCUCCUGUCAUCCACUGGAUGGACAAGAGACUCCGUCACAUUGAGCUGAAUGAUCGCGUGACCCAAGGCCGGGACGGGAACCUCUACUUCUCUCACGUUACAGCCGACGACAACCGUAACGACUACACCUGUAAUGCCCAGUACCUUAGUGCUCGCACCAUCCUCUCCAAGGAACCCAUCAGCCUCACCGUAACCAUCUCUAACUCAGUGGUGCGGAACCGAAGACCCCAGAUGAUGAGGCCCUCAGGGGCCCACAGCACUUACCACACCCUUCGGGGCCAGAGCCUGGAGCUAGAGUGCAUCGUCCAGGGCCUCCCUACCCCUACAGUCCAGUGGGUGAGGAAGGACGGUCAGCUGUCCGAGUCUCGUACAGUCAGAGAUCUGUCUGACCGCCUGCUGCGCUUCAGUAACAUCUCAGAGAGCGACGGGGGAGAAUACCAGUGUUCAGCCAACAACCCACAGGGCACGGUCACACACAUCUACACCGUCAGCGUCGAAGCUGCUCCGUACUGGACCAAGGAGCCAGUGAGCCAGCUUUAUGCCCCAGGAGAGACAGUGAGACUGGACUGUCAGGCCGAUGGCAUUCCCUCUCCUGCUGUCGACUGGAGCAUGAACGGAAAUCCCAUCACAGGUAUAGACUUGGACCCCAGGCGUACUGUGAGAGAUGGAGCUCUGAUUCUGAGAGAUGUGGUCUUCACCGAUACAGCAGUCUACCAGUGUCAGGCCCACAACAAACACGGAACCAUCCUAGUCAAUACCUACAUCUUCGUCAUCGAGCUGCCGCCUCAGAUCCUGAGUGCGGACGGACAGACAUACACCGUCACAGAGGGCCAGAAGGCUGGCCUACACUGUCAGACCUUUGGGUCUCCCAGACCUAAAGUUACAUGGGAGGUGGACAAUGGCGCGUCUCUACUGGCUGACCCCAGGGUUAACCUGCUGACCAAUGGAAGCCUCCAGAUCACCAACGUCUCCCACGACGACGAGGGCCUGUACACCUGCUCCAUCAGCAACACCAACAUGUCAAUCAACGCUGAACUGGAGGUGCUGAACAGGACAGUGAUCCUGUCUCCUCCCGGGGACCUGCGUGUUAAGCCUGGGAAGACGGUCAUAUUUACCUGCCUGGCUCAGGUGGACUCCAAACUGACCCCCCCACACAUCCAAUGGAGGAGGAGUGGACAGAAACUAAUGCAGUCGUACGCUGAGGACAAGUACACGUUUGAGGGCCCCGACCUGAUCGUGGCCAACGUGCAGACAGAGGACGAGGGGGUUUACACCUGUGAGGUCAUCACUAACCUGGAUAUGGCUGAGGCCAGCGGAUCCAUCACGCUAGUCGACCGUCCAAAUCCCCCCACCCAGCUCCAGGUCUCUGACCCUAAAGACCGCGGAGUGACUCUCAGCUGGACCGCUGGAGAUGACCACAACAGCCCAGUCAUAGAGUUUCGGGUGGAGUUUAAGGAUCCCGUUUCUAACGAGUGGAGUUGGGAGGAGCUGAAACGUGUUAGUGGAACCAAAGAGAGUGUGAACCUUGCCCUGCAGCCCUAUGUGUCCUACCGUUUCCGGGUCAUCUCCAUCAACGACAUCGGGAAGAGUGAUCCCAGCACGCCUUCUGACCUUCACAGCACGCCACCUCAAGCUCCAGACAACAACCCUGAGGAUGUGAGGAGUGAGUCUACAGACCCAGACACCCUGGUCAUCACAUGGGAGGAAAUGGACAGGCGUGUGUUCAACGGACCAGAGUUCCACUACAAGGUGUUCUGGAGGAGGGUAGUAGGUGACGGCCCCACCUGGCACUAUAAUGUCACCACUGAGCCACCGUACAUCGUUACUGAAGUGGGCAACUUCUCAGCCUUCGAGAUCAAAGUACAGGCUGUCAAUCAGAAAGGGGAGGGACCUGAGCCAGACCCUGUCAUUGGCUACUCUGGAGAGAAUGUCCCCCUGGAGGCUCCUAUGGAUGUGGGUGUUGUUCUGCUCAACAGUACAGCCAUCAGGGUAACAUGGGCAGCAGUGGACAGAGAUACUGUCAGAGGACACCUACUGGGAUACAAGAUCCACCUGACAAGGUUCGGCUCCAGGGGCCACCACCGGGGCCGGAGGGCCAGAGAGCCAGAGAGCAGCAUGGUGGUGGAGACAGGGGCCAACGAGGAGAAGAGGGUCCUGGGGGGCCUUAGACCCUACUCCCACUACGCCCUCACAGUCACUGUGUUCAACAGCAAGGGAGAGGGGCCCCCCUCCGACCCACCCCUGUCCUUCAGUACCGACGAGGGAGCUCCUGGCCCCCCCAUGUCUCUCCACCUGGAAAGCCAUGCAGAGACAGAGAUGACCCUUCACUGGACCCCCCCUGCUCAGCCCAACGGGGUUCUCAAAGGAUACCUGCUGCAGUAUCAACAGAUCGUGGAGAGUGAUGACAGCCCGGUGCAGGUGGAGACCAUAGACGACCACACGCUGACCAAACUGACCCUGAAGCAGCUGGACCCCAAGAGCCGUUACCGCUUCUACCUGAGGGGGCGCACCUCGGCCGGGGACGGAGAGCCCAUAACAAGGGAGGGCGCCACCACGCUGGACGGAGCUCCUCCGUCCAACAUCAGCUUGGCUGUAGGUGAGAAGUCUGUUAACCUGAGCUGGGUGCCAGGCCGGAGACACAGGAGUGUGGGCUUCCAGGUCCAGUACCUCAACAAGAACAGCGGUGGAAAGUGGAAGCAGUCUGAGAAGCUGAACUCGUCCCAGUCAUUCUACCAGCUGAAGGGUCUGACCCCAGGAUCACAGUACCGGCUCAGAUUCACCUUCAGCAACAACACCUUCUGGGAGACGGAGAUCAGAACCGAGGGAGCAGGAGUGGUGGAUGUGCAGACAGGCUUUGCUACUCAGGGCUGGUUCAUUGGGCUCGUGAGCGCCAUCGUGCUGUUGCUGCUGGUACUUCUCAUCCUCUGCUUCAUCAAGAGGAGCAAGGGGGGAAAGUAUUCAGUCAAAGAUAAGGAGGAGGGUCAGGUAGACUCUGAGGCGCGCCCUAUGAAGGAUGAAACAUUCGGAGAGUACAGCGAUAACGAGGAGAAGCGGACAGCCAGCCAGCCGUCUCUGUGUGAUGAGAGCAAGCUGUGUACCAGUGAGGACAACCUGGAUGGCUACAACAACGGCAGCAGUGCUGUCACCGAGGUGAACAUGGAGGAUUCCCUGGUCAGCCAGUACAGCCGGCCCAGCGAAGCCACCCCGGACCCGGGUACACUGCAGGACAGCUCCCCCCUCAACCCCACCGCCACCACCCCAACACCCACCAACAACGGCCUUCCCAACUCGGCGGCCAUCUUAGAUUAGACUAAAGUAAAAUGCCGCCAUUUUAGAUUUAAGGUUACUAAGGCAACAGGACUGUCUGUCAGACCAAAACAUAUCUGUCAACAACAUGUCAACGAUACAAACAUGCCCACAGCCCACACCCUUCCAGCUAUCUAUAAUACAUGGGUUUAUCUACUCGACUGACUUUUCCAUCGAUAAGCUCACUGACUAUAUGAUCAAUAUACUACUGACCAUUUAGAUACAUCUGUUGUUCAAUAGGUGAGAGUGGGGUAAGUUGAGCCAUGUUUUACAUUCACAAUCACCCAGUCAUUGGAACUAUAGCAUUCUUUCUAACAAAGAUAUCUACAUAUAUUUCAGGAUGUGUCUCCCUGGAAAUAAUCCAAAUUAAAUCACAUGACAGUUUUGAAAACAGCUUGUCCCAAAAAAAUUGCUCCUGUUUGCAAAAAUUUGAAUAGUUCGCAUAAUUUCAGUUUCUGCGACAAAACAACUCAAAAUGGAAUACAUUUCAACUCUACAGUAUAUCUGACAUGAUACAGGUGUCUUAUUUUUUGUAAGCUCAGAACCAUGUGUGUGAGGUGUAUACUUUGUUUCAAUGUGGGUUACUGCUCACAAGAGACACUCUGUGUGACCCUGAUUUAGCCCACUUAAGCAUAUUUUAACACAGGCUUAACACCUAACAAACACUUUGUACUAUUUGAACACUUUUAACAUCGUUCUUGCAUUAUGCCUGGGAAGAAAACACUUGAAUUUGCUCAACAUGCCAUUGGUUCAACCAUGGCUCAACUUACCCCAAGGCAAACAUUUUGACUAUAUUAGCCCACAUAGCAACAAGGAUGCACUUUCAUGCUAUGUUUAGGACCUCAUAUUGAAUCUUAUAGAGACCCCAAAUUAUGUAUAAAACCAUCUUUAAAUUAUUUUACUUUGUUUUAGACGGAAGCAUCAUGAAACCUUUAACACAAUAAAUUCAUUUGACUUGGUGAAAAUAAUUUUUGGGGACCUAACUUGCUUACCACUUUUUCCAUGUGCUUUCAUCCUUCACAGACUCGAUGAAAUUGUGACCUCUUCCUAAAUAUUUGGUCAAAUAAUACAUUUUGUGUGUGGUUUCCUAAAAACAAAGGCGGCUCAACUUACCCCACUCACCCCUAAUGUUAUCUCUCCAUCUGACAGACUGGACUAUUUGACCAAAGGAGUGUCCUUCUUGAUAAGACAGGCCGACUGACGUGACAGACAGACAGACAGACAGACCCACCUCAGCCUAAAGAUGUCCUGUGACCCGUCUUUCUCUAUGUAGUUUACAACAUACCUGAGUGACAGACCUUCAUAUCUCGUGACUCCCCCACUCUUUCUCUCUCACCCUCUAUCAAAUCAUUGUGACAUAUUGGACUGGGAGAGAGCGAAUGAUAAAAACGAUGCUAGGAAGAGAAGCCAAUGUAAUUUCAGGUAUGAUGGUACACAGACAUGAAGGGAAGAUGUGGAUACAUGGAAGGGAAUGAUUGACAGACAGAGGCUUGUGGGAGGAUACAGACAGCACAAGCUAAUGUGGGUUACAAAUGGCAAGUCUUAUAGAUGUUUAUUACUUUCACCUUUUUAUAUUAUUUGCCAUGAUUUAAAUCUCUACAUCCACUUUUUUAUGUCUUCGACAGUUGGCAACAUAAUUUUUUAUGAUUAAUUUAUUUUUCUACUAACUUUUUGAAUACAAAAAGUCAACAUUGUUUUGCUUUGUAUUUUCUCAUUUAAAAAAAAAAGAAUAUAUUGUUUUAUAGAUCAUUUGCAUAUAUGAGGUGAUUCAUAUUUAGAUUUUUUUUCUACAUAUUUCUACAUAAAUCAAGAUAAUCAUAAUUUUACCCUAGCCAGGUUUUCAUAGUAAAUGAAUUGGGUGAAAAUGCUGUAUAGCAGUAAGCAAAUCGGUGUAUUUUUGUGCAUUACAUCUAUCUAUCUAGCCAUAUACAGUAUUAUAGAUACAGUAUGUAUGUACAUGUUCAUUAUGAGUUCCAGUGCCUACUGGCCCUCUAUACAGAGCACCAGAUUACAUGCUUACUCUAGUCUAUUCUACUUUACUCUCGCCUUUUCACCACAAGUGUGAUGUCAUUAUUGGUAUGAUAAUGUAAUUUAUGUGUAGACCUCUUUGUGUACUAGCUUUCUGUAUUUGUUCUAUCUGUGUCUCUUUCUACGGUGUAUUAAACUAUGUCCGCUGUUAAACGUUA